GAGCAAAAUUUAUUUUUGGUCUGACGCUGCCAUGACAAAAUUAUACACAGCACGUCUUUUGCGGUUGUCGUCGUGAUCCCAAAGACAUUAUUCGCUCUCUCUAAUGAAUAUCAUCCAAUGGUUCCUUGCUGACUGAAUAUGCUUUUGCUUCCUACUAAUAGGCCAAGGAUCGCAGUUUGUUGGCAUGGGCAAGGACUUGUACGACACAUACCCCGUGGCACGUCAGGUCGUAGACGAAGCAGACGACGCUCUGGAGGGUACGCUCAAGAAUGUCAUGUUUGAGGGUUCACAGGAGGAUUUGACACGGACGGAGAAUGCACAGCCGGCCAUCUUGACGACCUCGAUCGCCAUGCUGCGAGUGCUUGAGAGCGAGCGCGGCUUCAAAAUCGAGGAAUCAUGCAAACAUGCCCUCGGCCACUCGCUGGGAGAGUACUCGGCCCUCGUUGCCACCAAGGCUGUCGCACUUCGAGAUGCCGUCAAAUUAGUCAGACUUCGCGGACAGGCGAUGACCAAAGCAGUGACCAACAAAGGAACCACAGCCAUGUCGGCGCUGGUCGUGCGUUCGUCGAAACUCGAGGCGCUUCUCAAGGCCAUGGACGAGAUCAAGGCAGCAUUGCCUGCUGGGGAAGUGGCGGAGAUUGCGAACAUCAACAGUUCGUUCCAAGUUGUUAUCAGCGGCACUGUUCGCGGAGUCGACCAUGCGUCAAGAUCCCUACAAGCACAAAAAAUUGCUGCCAGAGCUGUAGACCUGCCAGUCUCGGCGCCAUUCCACUGCAGCUUGAUGCAGCCCGCGGCUGAUAAGAUGAUGGAGGCGCUCAAGGAUAUCAAAUUUGAGAAACCUGUCAUCGAUGUGAUUUCCAAUGUCACUGCCAAGCCUAUCACUCGGGUUGAGGACAUUUCGGAUCUGCUGGUCAGACAGGUGACAGGAACAGUUCAGUGGCACACGAGCAUUGGAUAUCUGCGGGACCAGGAGAACGUUCACGACUACAUCUCACUAGGUCCCGGCAAAGUCCUCGCCAAUUUGCUCCGCAAAGAAUACCCACUGGAUUUCGUCAAGACCGUAACGACCGCUGAAGACAUCCAACAGUGGGCGUUGUAAAAUACACCUCCCACAGAUAUAAGCAAAAGCACACCCACCCCACUCUUCAACCAACUUUGUAUGUACCAUGCCAGACCCCAGCUUCUAUAGAUCAUUGCCCAUUGCGCAACAUAAUGGGACAAUAAAACUACGUAAAGCUCCACGAGCUAUCUGCC